CUAACAUGUAGACCCGGAAGUAGUUCGAUCUCCACGAGUCGGUGUCGUUUAACAGGGACGUCGGUAGUCGGUACAGCCCUAGGAGUUUAAAACUGUUUUUCGCCCUUAUUUUUGUGCAAACUGUUAAAUAUGAGUCUACUAACCAAGCCCAAGUCGGAGAUGACCCCAGAAGAACUUCAGAAACGGGAGGAAGAGGAGUUCAACACUGGGCCCUUGUCUGUGCUCACCCAGUCAGUGAAAAACAACACACAGGUCCUUAUUAACUGCCGCAACAACAAGAAGCUGCUUGGAAGAGUCAAGGCCUUUGACAGGCAUUGCAACAUGGUGCUGGAGAAUGUGAAGGAGAUGUGGACUGAAGUCCCCAAGAGUGGUAAAGGAAAGAAGAAAUCUAAGCCAGUGAAUAAAGACCGCUACAUAUCCAAGAUGUUCCUCAGAGGAGACUCGGUCAUCGUAGUGCUCAGAAAUCCCCUGAUCACAGGAAAAUAAACUGAUUCUUUUUUUUCCAACUAGUCUACCCUGCCACCAAACCCUUUUAAAGAUUCAUUGAUAAAGGACUGUCAUAUAUAUGUCAACAUUAUUUUGUUUUUUUUUCUUCUUUUCAUGUGCUGGGCUACUCUGGUCAUUGUUUUUUGAAGAAGUUAAAGGCUGAGAAUAGUGUCUGUACACUUAAGAAAGGCCAACUAUGGGCCACAUGAGUAUUUUGAUUUGUCAAGUUAGUGUUUGUGUAUUUUUUUCAUUUUGAUAAUAAAAAUGGCUAAUA